AAACGUGGAUCCUGCAAUGGAUUUUUCAUUGAUGCCACCACCAUCACAGAGUGUCUUCACACUUUUUGUAAGAGCUGCAUUGUCAAGCACUUUUUCUACAGCAACAGGUGUCCUAACUGCUCCAUUGUUGUGCACCAGACACAGCCAAUGUACAGUAUCAGACCUGACAGACAAUUACAAGACAUUGUUUUCAAGAUGGUUCCAUAUUUAGAAGAAGAUGAAAGGUCGCGAAUAUAUGCAUUUUAUAAACGGAGAGGGCUUGACGUUCCUAAGCCAGUGGCGUCUCCAGCUACAUACCCAGUGAAGCUGCCUCAGAGACAGAAGAAAGACAUGCUGCCUCAGUCUGUUUUUACCAUUCCCUCAGAGCUAGAUGUGUCUCUGAUGUUGGAGUUUGUGGGAGCUGAAGAGGGUAUUGAGAACUAUAAGCCCCUUGAGAGGAAGUAUGUGCGUGUGUCAGGGGAAGCCACUGUCCGUCAUGUGGAGCUUUUUAUCAGGAGGAAGAUGGAACUGAGUCAAAACUGCAAGGUUGAUGUUGUGUGUGGAGAUCAUCUUCUUGAGCAAUGCCAGUCUUUGAGAGAAGUUUGUAACACCAUGGGAAAAAAUGCAUUGCAGGAUGGCAUGCUGGUUCUGCAUUUCGGACUCGUUCUACCUGCUCAGUAAAGAGGGAAGACACAGAAAGACCAACUACUGUGAAAUUUACAUUGUACAGUGGUUUUAUUUCAAGGGCUAAACUGAAUUUGAUCAUAUAACAGUUAUCCUAUGCAGUGAUCCUUCGUCUUCCUGGUUGCCUUCUGCUCAAAAAGAUUAAGAAUAUGGCAGCAUUCUUUGAGCAAAUGCAUUAAGAAACAGAGCUAAUGAGCUAUUUCCAGAAUAUACUGCUUGUUUGUUUGUUUGUUUGUUUGUUUGGAUGACUGAUUUUUGGUUACAAUUUCCACAGCGGUGAGGGUUCUGUGAAUGCUCUUUUAUACAUUUGCUAAUAAAAACACAGAGUAAGUAAUUAUUUUACACCUUAUCUCUGAGAAUAUAUUGUUUGACAUAUUGUUUUAUUGCUUGGUUUUGUUGUGCCUCAAGUUCAGCUGACAAAAAUUAAAUCAGUACUUUGAAAGAAAUAA